UGUCCAGUCUAGUUUUACCCUUUUAUGUUGACUGCACUCUUACGUUAAAGUCCGUGUUUUGAGUCCACUCACUGUUUAAACAUUAUCGUCCUGACAGACCGCUCUGCCGACGCUAACGUUAUUAGCUUUAACCUUAACGUUAGCCAGUAACGUUAAAGCGAGCAAAGCCUGACCUGCACUGUAACAUAACAUGUAACAUAACAGUGUCAUUGUACUAUUAUUCCACACUAUCACGUGCUCGCCAUGGGACUCUCCAGCUUGGAAAAGAUCAUUGCACUGCAGAGAAACCCUGCCAACAUCAGAAACCUGUGUAUUCUGGCACAUGUUGACCACGGCAAAACUACUCUGGCUGACUGCUUAGUGGCAAGUAAUGGUAUCAUAUCAAGUCGACUGGCUGGGAAGCUGAGGUAUCUGGACAGCAGGGAGGAUGAACAGAUCAGAGGAAUCACCAUGAAGUCCAGUGCCAUCUCUCUGCAUUACAGAAUUGGAGAUCACGAGUACUUACUAAAUCUGAUCGACUCUCCUGGUCACGUCGACUUCUCCUCGGAAGUUUCCACUGCUGUCAGGCUGUGUGAUGGUGCCAUUGUAAUAGUUGAUGCUGUGGAGGGAGUGUGUCCACAGACCCAGGCUGUGCUGCGUCAGGCGUGGCUGGAGAACAUCAGGCCUGUUCUGGUCAUCAAUAAGAUAGACCGACUCAUCAUGGAGCUGAAACUCACCUCUCAGGAAGCUUACACACACCUGCAGAAGAUCCUGGAACAGGUGAACGCAGUGACAGGGAGUUUGUUCACAUCCAAAGUGCUGGAAGAGCGAGCAGAGAAAGAGAAGGAGGAGGAUAAAGAAAGCGAGACGCUGAGCGGAGAUCAGGUGUUUGACUGGAGUACCGGACUGGAGGAAGCUGACGACUCCCAACUCUACUUUUCUCCUGACCAAGGAAAUGUAGUCUUUGCCAGUGCCAUAGAUGGAUGGGGCUUCAGCAUCCAGCAGUUUGCCCACAUCUACAGCCAGAGAAUGGGUAUUAAGGCUGAGGUGCUGCUCAAAACCCUGUGGGGAGACUUCUACCUCAAUGCAAAAGCAAAGAAGAUCAUGAGGGGAGCUCAGGCCAAAGGAAAGAAGCAGCUGUUUGUGCAGCUUGUGCUGGAUAACAUCUGGAGUUUAUAUGAUGCAGUAGUCACUAGGAGAGACAAGGAGAAGGUGGAGAAGGUGGUGACAUCACUUGGAGUGAAGGUGAUGGCCAGGGAUUCUCGUCACUCCGACCCCAAAGUCCUCCUUUCUGCCAUCUGCAGCCAGUGGCUCCCCGUGUCCCAGGCUGUCCUCUCGAUGGUGUGUGAGAAGCUUCCCAGCCCGUUAGACAUGGCGGCAGAGAGGGUGGAAAAACUGAUGACUGUCGGAGCGCGACGAUUUGACUCAUUGCCAGAGCAGACGCAGGAUCUUAAACAAGCGUUCCUCCGGUGUUCGAGCGGGGAAAAUGCUCCGGUCAUUGUCUAUGUGUCCAAGAUGUUUACUGUGGAUACCAAGGCCUUGCCUCAGAACAGACAGAGGCCGUUGACCCAGGAGGAGAUUGCCAAGCGCAGGGAACUGGCCAGACAGAGACACGCUGACAGGAUGGCAGCUGAUCAAGCAACCGCAGAGAGUAACAAUAACCUCGGCCACUCAGGGAGUAUGUCACAGGAAGGCCAACCUACAGGACUCGAAACAGCUAAGAUGGAGAAACUGACAUUGAAAGACUGGAAGCCAGAGGAGGAAGAGGAGCAGACGAACUUCAUAGCAUUUGCGCGAGUCUACAGCGGGGUGGUCAAGAAAGGACAGAGAGUAUUUGUACUGGGACCAAAGUAUGACCCUGCCCAGGGCCUGAGUAUGUUGCCAGAGGGUUGCAGUGCUUCAGACUGUGUGCCCGAGGUGUCUCAUCUGUCCUGUUGUUCCAUGGAAAGACUCUACCUUCUGAUGGGCAAGGAACUAGAGGAGCUGGAGGAAGUGCCUGCAGGAAAUGUCUUGGGUAUCGGAGGUCUUGAGGAGUAUAUCUUGAAGUCUGCCACCUUGUCAACUUCACCCGCCUGCCCGCCCUUCAUCCCGCUCAAUUUUGAGGCCACGCCCAUCGUACGGGUUGCUAUAGAACCCAAACAUCCAAGUGAGAUGCCAAAGUUGGUGCAUGGGAUGCGUUUGUUGAACCAGGCAGAUCCCUGUGCUGAGGUUCUGAUCCAGGAAACAGGAGAACAUGUUCUGGUCACUGCUGGUGAGGUUCACCUCCAACGCUGCCUGGACGACCUCCGAGAGCGGUUUGCUAAAAUUGAGAUCAGUGUGUCCAAGCCCAUCAUUCCAUUCAGAGAGACAGUGGUGCGUCCUCCAAAAGUGGACAUGGUGAACGAAGAGCUGGGCAGGCAGCAGAAAGUAGCCAUCAUUCACCAGGUGAAAGACGAAGCCUCUCAGGGUCGUUCUUCUGACACCCUACACGUGGACCACAGUAAUCUGGUAACCAUUACCACUCCCAACAGACUGGCCACUGUCAGCGUCCGGGCGAUCCCCCUGCCACAAGAGGUAACCCAUCUGUUGGAGUGUAGCACAGAACUGAUUCGGACUCUAGAGCAGAUAAACAUGCACCUGAGGGAGGGGAAGAGUCUGGACGUUAUCCCCAGGACCCUGGAGGACAUCGCUGGAUUCAAGGCCCAGUUGGAGAGCCUUCUGCAGGGGAGGAAGUGGAAUAACGCUGUGGAGCGUAUCUGGGCCUUUGGGCCUCGCAGAUAUGGCCCCAACAUUCUGCUGAACAGUGUUGAGGGCUACCAGCGGCCCUCGGUGUGGCAGUGUCUGGUCAGGCGAGACAAAUCGGGAGAGUCUGGAGCUCAGGCCACUGUUAUACGAGACUUUGAUAACAGCAUCGUCAGCGGCUUCCAGCUAGCAACUCUGUCAGGGCCCAUGUGUGAGGAGCCCCUGAUGGGAGUUUGCUUCUCUGUGGAGAGGUGGGACAUUCAGUAUUCAGCCUUGCCACAACGUCAGGACUCAUUGGAGGACGACACCAUAUCCCAUGAGGCUUUAGCAAACAGCAAAGUGGAACAAAGCAGUGAGACAUCUGCACAGGCGGACGGCACGGCAGCAGGGCCGGGCCAAGCCAAGCGCAGGCCAGAGGCCGCCGUCUCCGGCCUGCUGAUCGCUGCCAUGAAGGAGGCCUGCCGUCAUGCCUUCCAGGCUCAGCCCCAGAGACUCAUGGCUGCCAUGUAUACCUGCGAGAUUAUGGCCACCGCUGAAGUGCUGGGCCGAGUAUAUGGUGUACUGGCAAAGCGAGAGGGUCGCGUCCUCCAUGAAGACAUGAAAGAAGGGACAGACAUGUUCAUCAUCAAGGCUGUUCUGCCUGUGGCUGAGAGCUUCGGAUUUUCCGAUGAGAUUCGCAAGAGGACCAGCGGAUUGGCCAGUCCACAGCUGGUCUUCAGCCAUUGGGAGGUCAUCAGCAGUGAUCCAUACUGGGUUCCCACUACUGAGGAAGAAUACCUGCACUUCGGGGAGAAAGCCGACUCUGCCAACCAGGCCCUCAAAUACAUGAACGCUGUCCGCCGCCGCAAAGGCCUUUACGUGGACGAGAAGAUAGUAGAGCAUGCAGAAAAGCAGAGAACACUCGGUAAGAAUAAGUAGAGAAGAAAACCAAGAAAGAAGAAAUCUAUCCAGCCAGGACUGCAGACACAUACUGUACACCAUGGACUGUGCUCUUCCAUCACUGACAUCCAUGACUGUUUGCAGAGGGACAGAUGUCGUGACCCAAAUGCAGGAGUCAUUCUGUUUUCAAAGAUAUCUUCAUCACAGCAGCAGUGGAACUGCAGUUACAAACAGCAAACUGCAGUUACAGUCUGGCUGUUCAUUCGAAAGUCCGUAAUGACUUCUUGCAUAUUUUCUUGUGCAACAGAAUACAUUUUACAAUACACAUAUUUAGGAUUAAUUGGGGAUGAUACAUUCAUAUAGGGAAUAAAGUAUGUAUCACAAAG